AUGAACGAGUCCAUGGAAUCUUUUGCCAACCGGCGAGACCGUGAUGAACGUUACAGGCCUAUGUUGCCAAGAGACCGGGAGGACAGGGAGCGUACUUACUUCAGAGAGGACGUUCAGCCGCCACCUUUACUACAACGAAAUACAAACUAUCCGCGAGUGCGGCAACGAUCGCCUGUUGGCUACGAAGAUAUGGACAGAGUGCCUCAAGGAGGUGGUAUGCCUUUUUCUGAUCGAAGGAGUCUGGGUUCUAAUAUGUUAAGAAGUGUUCCUGACGUUGGUUCAGCCGAUUCAGGUUUCCAAAUAAACGAGCGCGAGCCAAGAACAAAGUACGGCGAACGCUUCAUAACAUCAAGAGACAUGCGCUUUCGCAUUGCAAAUAACUCUCAACCCAUGUCAAGUUCAUUAUCAGAUAAGCUCCCUCCACGAGGCCCAGGUUCAAACUUGAACACACAUCGAGAUUAUAUUCCCAUGAAUAAUAGCAAUCCUUAUUACAGAGACUAUCCUUCAAAUCGUUAUCACGAUAACCGAGAUGUGCGAGAGAUCAAGAUCGGGAUCAUAACAGGUAUCACCGUGCUAGGUAUUUGGAGUUCCGGUGCUAAACAUAUUUUCGAGCAUUUUUUCGAGCAAACGGAAGUGUCCUGGGGAGUCUAUAAGGCAGAAUACGUGGAUGAUUGA